AUGCAAACAGACAGAAGGGUCGUUGAUACGAUAAAACAGGCAGUAGAUCAAAAUCACAGAUCGUUUUUUGUUUUGACUGGCGAUAACUCAAAAAAUAACGUGCAUGUUCUGUACAACUUGCUCUCUGAGCGGUGCUCGUUUUUACCAUCUGUUCUGUGGUGUUACUGCAAAAAGAGCAAAAAGAGCAAAAAUAGCGAGGAAAAGAGGAAGAAGAUCAAGAAGGACGAUACAAGGUGUCGUAUAAACGAUGAUGACAUAAAGAAAGUAUCCUAUCAGGAGGCGGACAUUGUUAUGGGAAACACGUAUGAAAUGUUAGUCUUGGAAAAUUUUGAGAAAAUAUCACCGAAUACGCUUGCAAAAACGAUAGAAACGGUGAAAGGUGGAGGAUUAAUCGCUGUACUGAUGGAUAACAAAGAUUGUAGCACGUUCAACACUAGGAUAUACAAAUCACUCUGCGAGUCUGGCCAUGUUGUGUUUUUAGACCAAGAUAUGAAAUUAACAUCGAAAUUCUGUCUCACAGGUUGGAAGGUUCAGGGUGAAAACAAAAACACGGCGGUGCUGAAAAAUGAACUGUGUGUCACCGCUGAUCAGGACAAUGCGGUCACACAACUCGGACAAAUCAUGAUGGACAGGAGCAACAAAAACAUUGCUCUACUUAAGGCCUCCAGGGGACGAGGAAAGUCUGCCGCGCUGGGACUGGCUGUAUCUGAUGCUAUUGAGCUAAAAUACUCGAUAAUUUACGUCGUUGCACCACACAUAGAAAACGUGAAGAUGCUUUUUGAGUUUGUGCUCCGUGGCCUGAGAGGGAAAGGUUACAAGGAAAACGCCGACUUUGAGAUCACGAGGGUCUUCAAAGGCCGGAGUUAUGUGCAGAAAAUCGUGAUCAAGAAACAUCAUAGGCAGAUCAUCGAGUAUCACGGAUUUUUGGAUAGAAUGGACCGAUAUCCCGAUCUCUUGGUGGUUGAUGAAGCAGCAGCUAUUCCUUUGCCCAUUCUUAAAGAACUAAUCCGUGCAAACAUUGUGCUUAUGGCGUCCACAAUGGACGGAUACGAAGGGACAGGCCGGUCUCUGUCGAUGAGGUUCAUUGAAAAAUUGAAAAGGAAAGAUAAGAAAAAUCCAUACAUUUUCAGUGAGAUAGAACUCAGCGAGUCGAUACGCUACGGAAUAAAUGAUCCUGUCGAGGAGUGGCUGAAUGCCGUUCUGAUUUUGAAACCAACCGACUACAAGAACAAGCUCUGUCCAUCGCCCGACACGUGUCAAUUCUUUUUUGUCAACAAGAAAACGCUGUUCUCCUACCACAAAGUGAGUGAGCUUUUCUUAAAACAGAUGAUGUCUAUUUUCGUAAGUAGCCACUACAAAAACACACCGGACGAUCUUAAAAUUAUUGCAGAUGAACCAGAUCAUCACGUUUUUGUGCUGCUGGCACCUGAAAAAGAGAAGAAAUUACCACGAAUUAUUUGCGCUGCGCACAUAGCACUAGAGGGUAACGUGAAGGGUGAGAGAAGGGAUGGCAAUCUAAUACCGUGGACGCUUUCUGAGCAGUUCCUCGAAAAGGAUUUUUUGAAGCAGCGAGGUUGCAGAGUUGUGCGUAUUGCAGUGCAUCCCGACUACCAAAACAUGAGAUAUGGAACAAAAAUGGUUGAAAUGCUUGUAGAAACAUUUAGCAGAGGAUGUGGUGACAUAUUCGAGGUUAAAUGCACGGAUGCAUUGCUACUGCCGGGCGAGGAGUUGCUAUUGCCAAAAAUAGAUUGGCUAGGAGUGUCCAUGGGUCUGAACACACAAAUAUUUAAGUUCUGGGGUCGCAACGGGUUUUACCCCGUCUACAUUAAGCAGACUCUCAAUUUUAAUACGGGUGAUUAUACCAGCAUUUUAUUGAAAAACAUGAAUCAAAAUUUUGACAGGUUUUACUUCAUUUUCAGAGAGCGAUUUCUUAACAUGAUUAAUUUUCUGUGGAGCGAUUUUUCCAUCGAACUGUGUAUGAUGUUAAUCAAAGUCAAGCAAAAGGAUCAAAUAGAUACAGAAAAGGAGAACAGUUAUAACAAGCAGACAGAGACAAAGUAUGGUGCUAAUCUUGGGCCAUUUGAUAUAAAACGGUUGGAAAGCUAUGUGAAUGGGUAUUCGGAGUUAAACGUAGUCUAUGAUCUGAUCCCGGUAAUUGCAAGAGAUUACUUUAAUAACGCAAGAAAUUUUCUGUCUGUAGCACAGGAAUUGAUUCUAUUGGCGGCCGGCUGCCAGAUGAAAAGCGUGAACACGAUUUCUAAGGAAUUAGAUAUAACGAAAGAUCAAGUUCAGAUGCUGAUCAAGAAAAACGUUUCAAAAUUUAUGGAUAGAAAUAAAAUUUAA